UAACAUUUGGAGUGGUUUUAGUUUAUCUGGGGACCUUAAGAGAAACGCAUCUCAGAACGAAUUUCUAUCAAAUUCGUUUGAAACUUUUCUAUUUUAUCUUUUUUCCACUUGUUCAAACACUCCGCUCAAAUAAGAUGGGAUUCAGUGUGAUUUUAUCUUGUUCACUUAUUGUGUUGGUGUUUCACUAUCAAAUCGCAGAUUGCCGGGAUUAUGGGGCUACAUACGGCAAUAAUGUCAUUCCACAGAUGACUGACUACUUCAAACCAAACCAAUAUCCCUCUGGAUAUAAUCCAAAUUACGAUUUUCAACCUGAUAUUUCAGUUGGUCCGAGAGGCUUGGGGCCCGAUUCAGUGACAGAUUAUGAACUUCUUCAACUUUCUGAAGACUUAUACGAAAAAGAGAAUUCCAAGCUUGAUCAGGUUCGAGUGAAUAUGCAGGGAAGGACACGUUCGAUUGAUACCAAUGACGAAGCUCCUGAACCACUUCUGCAAGUAAGUGAAACAGUUCUAAGGUCCCCAACAAUUGCCAAGAUGCUAGCUCUCUUUGAUAACUAUGAAAUGGAUACCUCAAUUAACGAAGUUGUGACUUCCGAGGAACUCCAAGAAGAAGACGAAUUUAUCGAAGCUGUUAUGGCUACAAAUGUUAUGCGUCAAACUAUGUCAUUCCUUCAAAAGAAAGGAAUUGUAUCAUCGAAUCCGAAAGAUCAACGAAAUCUUUUGAAAACCAUUUGGUUUACACUUUAUUCUCGAGGUCAACGUAUACUUGGAAGUUCUGGUUUUGAACACGUCUUUUUAAAUGAAAUCAAUAGAGGCAAAAUAAUUGGUCUUCAUAAUUGGGUGUAUUUCAAUGAAGAAGAAAAAGCUGGUAAUUUAGACUACAAGGGUUAUCUAAACAAAGUCGAUUUGGGAAAUAAAGGAAAAAUCAUUGGAGCUCGUUUUACAUACAACGGCCUUGUAAAACCUGUCAACACUAUGUUUGUCGGAACAAGCCCUGAAUUGGAAUUGGCAUUGUAUACUAUUUGCUUUGAGCUUAGAGCCGAUCAAAUAUGCCCAGUUUCGCUGGGAGGAAAGAAAUUCACCAUUCAGACGAAUACUUGGAGGUGGGAUGGAUUAAAGUUGAUCGGAUCUGCUUUCCCUAGGAUUUAAGGGAAACUAAUUUAUUAGACGAAAUAAAAAAAUUUUUAGCAUGA